AAAAUUGUUGUCGCGCUGCUCAGAAAUGCGUUAAGUGCGGUAAAGACCACGCAACUGCUGACUGCAAGAAGAGUCCGAAAUCAGAGGCAAAGUGCGCCAACUGCGGAGGCCCACAUCCAGCCAGUUACAGAGGUUGCCCAGUCUGGCCUCAGCUGGACGCAAAGAAAUCCAAAGGCUCUCCAGCCAAGGCAGUACAUGAAGGAUUGAGCUACGCUCAGGCUGCUGUUCGUAGUCAAGAACCAAGGCAAUUUGCACCUAGCCAGCCUGCCCGUUCGCCGCCUUCGUUGGCGCCACGCGGCACACUCAUUCCCGGCAGCUACUCCGCAGCUGCAGCAGCCCCCCAGGUGAUCAGCAUGGAGAUGUUCGCUAAUCUCAUGCUCACCAUGCAAACCCUCAUGGAGAGGAUCACGACAGUCCUUCCUUUGCAACACCCACCGUAUGCCCGUUAACAGAAGGAAACCUGAAGCACUUGAGAUCCUGUUCUGGAAUGCGAACGGUCUCCCAAGCAAGAUUCUGGAGCUGAGGCAGCUUGCAGAAGAUCGAGCAGCAGAUGUGAUUCUCAUCACUGAGUCUCACCUCAAACCCGCCCACCAGAUCAACAUUCCGAACUAUUAUCUCUACCGCAACGACCGACUUGGUCGACCUGGAGGAGGAACUGCUAUCUUCGUGAAGCGAAACAUCGCACACCAAACUUUUACGCUUCCUGGCCCUCUCCAGAUUGAGGUCACUGGCAUCGACAUCAACCUUGCAGAUGGCAACAUGAUUAGAAUUUAUGCAGCAUAUCAUCCUCCCAACCGAAGACUCCCGAUUCCUGACCUAGUGCGAAUGCUGGACUUCAACGGUGCUCUAGUCAUUGCCGGCGAUCUCAAUGCCAAGCACCCGUCCUGGAAUAGCCGUGCCACCAACACCAGUGGGCGUGCUCUCCAGAAACUUAUGGACGACACCGACAUCAUCGUGAUUGGUCCAGAUGCC